CCUCAUCCGCGAAUUGACGUAGAUCCCCUAAAUUCGUGGCUAGACGUUGUUGUGUCUCGUUCGCAGCUUUAGAGCCUUGACAUUUUAGGGUGCAGAGGUUAAACGCUGCCUAUAACAUAAACUGACAAAAUCUGAUAGAUUUUAUUUUUUUCCUUCUUAGUAUUUGAAACUCGACACCGGUGAUGUUUCAGCGCCCUGUGUAGGCUGUGCUGCGGAUGCAUAUUCCAUUGGAACCGACAAUGUGGAGGCUGUGAAAAUGUCUACUUGGGAAAAGAAAUGAUUGCAGUUUAACUAAAUAGAAGGAAACCGAGUAACGAGUUAUGGUCCAUGUUUAAGACGUGAGGUCGGCUCUGUAACGAAGACAAAAAAAGGAGGCGAGGCGACAGAGGAACCGUCUAUAUUGUCCUUCCUGCGCUUCAUCAAGCCCCACACAGUCCGUCCGGGACCACGGGGAGGAUUCUAUCCCUAACUUUGUUUUUCCCCUUCUUCUGACACACUUCAUAUCACUCUCCGCCGCUGGAUGCCACACAGCUAACUCCAGUCUGUUGCUGAGACUGAAAAGGCCCAGUGAACAGCAUCAGAGAAUGGCUGCAGUUGAAAACGACAAGGAGCUGAGCGACUUGCUGGAUUUUAGUGCGAUGUUUGAACCUCCAGUUUCGAAUGGAAAGAACGGGCCGACUACUCUUGCCAGCAGUCAGUUUGGAGGUCCUGGUAUAGAUGACAGGAGAGGGUCCACCAGUCCUUGGGGACCGGGGGAACAGACUAGCCCAUCUUUCAACCAAGGAAGGGUUUAUGAGGAGGGUUUGUACAGUGAGAGAGAAAGCCUGGCCUCUACCCCAGUAUUUGGAUCAGGGAUCACUGGGAAGGCUCAGCGAAGCUCUUAUUCAUCAUUUGGGACGCAGCCCGGUUUUAUGCCAAGUGAGUUACCCCUGCCCAGUCCUGAUAGCCUUUCUCCUCCUGCUACCAAGUCCAAUUCCCAGCUGUAUUCAUCCUAUGAGAAGAGGAGAGCAUCACAGGACCUCACUGCAGAACCGCAGCCCAAAAAGAUACGAAAGUUGCCACUUGGCCUUCCUUCCUCAGUUUAUCCAACACCCACUGGAGAUGAUUUCAAUCGGGACACUUCUUGCUUCCCAGCCUCCAAAGCAGGAAAUGUCUACCCAUCUUUCUACGGGCAAGAAGGCCUCCACCCGCCCUCUGAUCCUUGGGGCUCUGCUGGGUCGAUGAUUCAGCCUGGUUAUUCUGCGGUGUUAGGAAACUCCCCCCAUCUGGGCCAGCAUGGUCCGUUCACUGCAAUCAACCCUCAAGACAGAAUGAAACGGCAUCCACUUCCCCUCUCCCCGCAAAACUACCCCCUACACGGCAGUGAGGUGAAUGGAGCUCAUCCUGCCAGCUUCCACACAGGCUCUAGCAGCUUCGGAGUUCCUAACCAUACACCCCCUAUCGCUGGCACUGAAACUAUUUUGGCAAAUCGAGGGGCUGUACCUGGAAGUUCUGGUGAUGAGAUUGGAAAAGCCCUGGCAUCUGUUUAUCCUUCAGACCCUAACAGUAACGCUUUCCCUCCAUCGCCAUCCACUCCCUCUCGCUCACCCCAAGCUUUAUCAGGCUCUGCAUCACAGUGGACUCGCUCCUCAGGCCAGGCCACCCCUUCACCUAACUUUGAGUCUGGAAUUCAGUCUGUUCAGAGUAAAGUGCAGGACCACCUUGAUGAAGCCCUCAAUGUUCUUCAGCGACAUGCCAGCGGACAGGGAGGACCGGGACUUGCUGAAAUGCACAGCCUGCUGUCGGCUGGUUUGGGGAUAACACCGGGCUUUAACAGCGCAGCGCUUGGACUGGCCAGUCGCCUGCAAGAACUGGUUUCCAACCACCUUCAGGAUUCUGCUGGUCUGCCCUCUGGUGGAGGACUUUUGCAUCACGGGCCUUCAUCCGUUCAUUCAGGCUCCCACUCUGAUGUUUUUACAGGUCUGACUGGAAGCGGGAAUCGUUCCAUUGGCACAACUAUCAAGAGAGAGGAGAAGGAGGAUGAUGAGAAUUGUUCUGUUACAGACAAGUCAGAGGAAGACAGGAAAGAUCUGAAGGCUCGUCUUCGAACAAGUAGUCUGGAUGAUGAGGAAGACGAAGAAGAUCUACCAGUGGAGAUAAAGGCUGAGCGGGAGAAAGCACGGAGCAGCCUUGUCUCUUUGAGCGACGAGAACCUGACUGCAGAGGAGAAGGAGCAGAGGGAGCGCGAGCGUCGCCUGGCUAACAAUGCUAGGGAGAGAGUGCGUGUUCGCGACAUAAACGAAGCCUUCAGAGAGCUGGGCAGGAUGUGUCAGGUCCACCUGCAGAGCGACAAGGCCCAGACCAAGCUUGUCAUCCUGCAGCAGGCUGUCCAGGUCAUCCUGAGCCUGGAGAAGCAGGUGCGAGAGCGUAAUUUAAACCCAAAAGCCGCCUGCCUCAAGAGGAGAGAGGAGGAGAAAGUCUCAGCGCUCGACCACCAGAUGCAGCUGGGUGGGGGUCACCCCACUAUAGGAGGGGAUGGGCACAACCCUGUGAGCCAUAUGUGAUACUCAGUUCCUGUUGUCCAGCCCUAUGAACAUGUGGCCUUAUCGACCGUUGUUGUGCAUCUCAGUGCGUGAUAAUCACGCAAACACCUCAUUACUGACAAAACAGGCGGCCACAUUCCUGACCGUGAGAACAAAGAAGCUCACAGGAGAAAGUAAAAGAAUAAAAACCUUAGUCGACCUUUACGUGAAAGUUCUUGGGACUGUACACACUGCUUUCGGAGACAGUGAAUAAUGGACUAAAAGAAUGCUCUUAUGAUCGUGUAUUUGUAGAACAUUGUAAAAAAAAAUUGCUUUAUACAUUGGGAGCAAAACCUGUUUGGAUCAAAUAACACUUUUGGAUCAAUUGCUCUUCUGAGUGAAGUUGGGAUUUUUCUUGUUAAGUAUUUAUUGGCAUUCCCAUCAGAAAAAAAGAGGUCUUACAUUCUUUACAAGCUGAGAAGGAUGAUUUGUAUCUGAAGAUUGAAGAAGAAAAUAGUUUAACCAUGCCUUAAUCAUGCCCUAUGUGUGGUGUUUGUUUUGACUCCUCCCCAUGGCUGGGCUGCAGAAGAUGGAGAUGUUGUGCCUCGCUAAAGCAUUGCAACCACAAAGAUCAGUGUGUUUUGUUUUGAAGAUUUUAUGUUAUACUCCCCAAACCAAGAAGUGUUAGAUUUUUAAAGUGCUUCCAACAACAACAACAAAAAAAAAAAAUCAAAGCUCUAACUAAUUAAAUUGGUUCUUAAAUUACAUUUUUCUUUAUUUACAGCUGAAUGUUGGAGGGAAUGUCUCUACCAGCUUUGCUCAUCUAAUUCUUUGAAAAUCAACGCCAGUCUCUUAGAGUCGUAUGUACUACUUUACAUGACUGUCAAAAUAAAAUCCAGAUAAACACACUGAAAUUUGGGGUUAAAAGUGACAGAAUGGAGAGCAGUUCAGAGGUGUGUAAAUCUUUUUGUAAGGCACUUUACCCUGUGAAUCAGAAGAAAUUGGCAGUUUUUUUCCCCGAGUUUUUCUUGAUUUUAUUUCAGUGGCUGACUGUCACUGACUGGGUUACUUUUGUGUUCUCGGUUCAGAACUGUGAACUCCCCUCUAGCUCUUUAAUUCACGUACAAGUUUUAUUGUCACUGCCAUGCAACUGGAACAGAAAGGCUGCCAAGAGAGGCAAACACACGACUCGCACAGGGAGGUUGAUUUAGGUCUGAUUUAAACCAAACUAACAGCCCGUUCGGCCCAGUUCUGGGGAAAGCUGUCAGACCCAAGCAUUCUUCGACACACACAUGAUCCUGCACACAUCAUAUUCCACAUGAGUCUGCUGUUACAACAUGGUGAAUCAUUUUAAGUCUAACAGCAGUUUGCCUUGGGAUGAAUAGCAUUUUGCUUGUAGACAAUUUACUAAGUAUUGAAAGGGAUCAUGAGUGUUACUGCUACCUUUAAGAUAGUUUCCUCUUUAGCCAUUGACUGACUUGUUUUGGUUGCUCUGUGUUGAGCGUCCUUAUUGACUCCCCUUAUUGAACAAUUGUGAGGCCUGUUAUAAGGAUCUUCCUGUUGUAGAAUUCAUAUUAUGUCUUUGUUUUUGUAUUUCAUUUUUUACCUUGUAACAUAGUUGUUUUGUUUGUAUUGUUUGGAAUGCGCUUUCCUCUUUGUUUACGUUGUUUUAAUGUAAGACGACAAAGUUUAGAUUCCACAAACAAAGUGAGGUGUUUUCUUUGGUGCCAGGGGCUUGGAAAUGUUAGCAAUGACAAAUUAUUCCGCCAUAACGUCACAUGUUGUGAUAUUGGUCUAUUUUCUUUUAGGUUUUAACACACCAAAUGUAAUGAUACAGGUGUAAAUUCCUUUUGUUUUUGUUUUUUUUAUAUUUAAACAAAUUAUUUCUUUCCUUUGUAUACCUCCCUAGGCGGUUACAAACCAAAUUUUGUUUAAUUCUGAUUAAAAACAAAAUUAAUAUAGAGUGAAAAAUGUGGCCUUUGUCAUUUUCCCAACUUUGGGAGCUUAGAUAAUGGUUACUCCACCAGUGCCUGAAUAUUUCCCAGUGGAGGACGUUAUUUCAGAGUUUUAUCACUUGUGUCUUCUUGCAGUAGAAUGUAUCUACACUUCAUUAUCAUCUGCCACAUGAAUUAUGCUUGAUGAUGUAUCCAAUACAUGUCAUGAAAUGUUACUUAACAAGUAACCGGAUUUACACAUUAAAUAACUCCUCUUUUACAUUGUUUGGUUAGGAUUUUCCCCUUAGAACUGGCACAUGAAUUAAUACAUAUGUACAGUUGUAAGAUAUCUUUGUCAGCUUUGUCGCAUGAAGCUGAUGGUGAUAGGGAUCAGUAUUUGUCAUAAUGUCUCUUAUCCUGCCCAGUGGACAAGCCUCAAUGAUUCAGACAUUUCCCAAGGAAAAAAACAAACAGACUUUGUUUAAUUUGGAAAACCACUUUUAGAGAUUUUGUUUUUUUGUUAGUGGAUAUUUCUGCAGUAAUCUUGUCUAAAAAAUGUACAAUUGAUAUGUAUAACAGACCCUGUCUGUCCUCAGCGAACGAUAUCCUGCUACAGAUUUCUGUCUUCUCAUAUUUGGGGACAUUAUCUAUGUAGGCUAUGUCCUCAAAGUGCCUCCAGUUUCCUAUUUUUUUAUAUAUAAAGUAGAUAUUGAGAUCUGUUGUGUAUAUAACAGUGAUGUAGCAAUAAAUGUGCCAUUUUUAAUA